AUGCUCUUCUACCCCAUCCACCUCCCCUGGCCAAUCCUACUCCACGCCCUCGGCCUCACCGCGCUCGGAUGCAGCCUGCUCUUCAAAACGCCUACGGAAAAAGCACCAGAAGACGUGACCACGCUCGGGAUCGCGACUGUAGGACUCGGGAUGUCUUGGGGUGGAUGGGCUGGACGGGACCCUGUGGCGCUUGGGUUUAGGGUGGUAGUGCCUGAGGCCCUGAGCCUGGACGCGCGCGAGAAUGGUGCUGGUGGAUGGGCGCUGUUGGACAGCGCCCGUCGUCGAAGCCAAGGCCAAGCCUUUUCCCUCCAUUCGCCAUCCUUCCCUCCAAGGACGCGCCCUCCAGCACCCUCAUCUACACCACAUCCCUAUACCCACCACCCUCAACUUAAAAACAACUCGCUCACAUACAUAUACCCCCAAUGCCAACGUCCACCACCCCCCACCCACCCACGUAACACAGACCUCGCAACAUCCUACAUGCCCAUCUCCCAAAACCAAUUCCUGCACGCCAGCGCGCCCGUGCGCAUCGUCCUCGCCUCGCUCGCCCUCCUCAAAUACCUCCUCAUCCUGCGCGAACCGCGCGAUUCCGCCGCGCGUCGGCGGUAUAAGCGCAUGGGCGGGUUGUUGGGUGUUGCGCUGUAUGAUGGGCUCGGCGGGCUGUUGGUUGGGUGGUACCUUGGGACGCUUGGUGGGAAGGCGGGAGGGUAUUAG